AUGCAAACAUCGUUUGGGAAACGAUUCCGUGAGUUCAGAGAGGAAAAAACCACAUUGUCCUUCCCCGUCACUCCCCUGACCAUCGAUCCAUCCCUGCUAAAUGUGGGUGCAUUUGCAGGUGUAAGUCAACCUGAUCUGAAGCUGGAGUUGGCUGACAUAGCUGACAAAGACAUGUGGGUGUCCAAAUUCAAACGCUUGACAGAGGACCUUGAAGAUGUUGCCCGUCAGAAGGCCACUCUUGUUCAGAAUCACAAAUGGAGUGAUAUUGAGAACCUUCCAAGACCGGACAAACUCGUGUUUGAAACAUGGAAUGCCAUCCCCGACACCUACAUAAACAUGAAGAAAUAUGCCUUUGGAGUCCUGUCGAUCUUCAGAUCCACAUAUGUGUUGCUGGUGAUGCUUCAGUACUCGGCCACUGACCUGCUCCGGCUGCGCUGUCACCUGCCUGGACCUGCGCCUGAGGCACUCCACCUUCACCCGGACAUCACCUUCCAGCUCCGCCGGAGAUACAUUCACCGAGGGUCCCGCCGUAAUUUCCACUAUAACAGCUCAACAACAAUAAAGUUCAUCUGGUCCAGCUCUCGACGCCCUCCACGCUCCACCAGCCGGGUUGUCGACCACAGUGUGUUGACCCGCCUAGCCUCGUCGGCCAACACCACCACCAGCUGCGACAACACCUCACUCAACUUCGCUCUGCUAAACAUCCGCUCACUGACAAGCAAGGGACAUCUCAUCCAGGACAUCAUCACAGACCGUAAGCUAGACUUUCUUUGUUUAACCGAGACAUGGCAACAGCCCAACGACUUCUCCCAGCUGAUUGAAUCCACUCCUAGUGGAUUUGUUUACGUCUGUCAACCCCGUGGCUCCGGUCGGGGAGGAGGUCUCGCGAUAAUUUACCGCGACAAGUGGAAAGUCUCGCCGGUGUCUGUGCCCGUCUCCAGCUCGUUUGAAUCCACUGUCUGCGAGCUGUUUGGUCCCACUCCAACCAUCAUUGCUACUGUCUACCGCCCCCCCAAACCGAAUAAAAUCAAAGAACUCAUUCAGAAAUCCAAGCCAUCCACUGGUCAACUGGACCCCCUCCCCACACAACUUGUUAAAGCCUGCCUUCCCUCUCUGGUCCCCCUCAUUUCUGCCAUCAUCCACUCCUCUCUCACCAAUGGAACUGUCCCUACAUCUUUCAAAACUGCUGCCAUUACUCCAAUUCUGAAAAAACCUGGCACCGACCCCUCCAACUUCAACAACUUCCGUCCUAUCUCCAAUCUACCCUUCAUCUCCAAAAUCCUCGAAAAAACUGUUGCUUCCCAACUCCAUUCUCACCUAUCCCACAAUAACCUGUAUGAACAGUUCCAGUCCGGUUUCCGUCCACUCCACAGCACUGAAACAGCACUCAUCAAAAUCACCAACGACCUCCUGAUGGUAGCUGAUUCUGGGCUCCUCACCAUCCUCAUCCUCCUUGACCUGAGCGCAGCCUUUGAUACCAUCUGUCACACCACUCUCCUCAACAGGCUGUCUUCCAUUGGCAUCACCCACACUCCAUUAGACUGGUUCACAUCUUACCUCUCUGGCCGCACUCAGUUCAUUCAACUCAAGUUCUUUAAAUCCAUCCCCUCCCCCGUCACUUCCGGUGUGCCCCAGGGCUCUGUCCUGGGGCCCCUCCUCUUCAUCAUCUACCUCCUUCCCCUCGGCAAUAUCUUCCGCAAAUUUAACAUUGACUUCCACUGUUACGCUGAUGACACCCAGCUCUACCUCUCCACUAAACCCUCAUCCACUCUCCCGCCCACCUCCCUAACUGAUUGCAUCACUGAAAUAAAAACCUGGUUCACUCUAAACUUCCUUAAAUUAAACAGUAACAAAACCGAGGUUCUCCUCAUUGGCACCAAAUCUACUUUAUCCAAAACCAACAGUUUUUCUCUCACUAUUGAUAACUCCUCCGUUUCACCCUCCCCCCAGGUUAAGAGUCUGGGUGUCAUCCUUGACAGCACACUAUCCUUUCAAUCCCACAUCAGUAACAUUACCCGGUCUGCCUACUUCCACCUACGAAACAUUAAUCGCCUCCGCCCCUCCCUUACCCCCCACACUGCCGCCAUCCUUGUCCACAGCCUCGUCACUUCCCGUCUGGAUUACUGUAACUCUCUCCUCUUCAGCCUCCCUCUUAAAUCCCUCCAUAAACUUCAAUUGGUCCAGAACACAGCGGCCCGUAUCAUUACUCGUACCCCCUCCAUCCACCACAUCACUCCUGUCCUCCAACAGCUCCACUGGCUACCGGUUCAGUUCCGUAUUCAUUUCAAAGUCCUUCUAUUAACAUUUAAGGCCAUCCACAACCUCGCCCCCCCAUAUCUGUCCAACCUCCUUCAUGCUCCCACUCCCUCCCGCUCCCUCAGAUCAUCUUCCUCCACACACCUGUCUGUCCCCUCCGCCCCCCAUGAGACAAGAGACGAGCUGAUGAAGAUGAUGAUGAUGAUGAUGCUCUCACAUGAGUUUGUCUUCACUCAUGGACUUUCUCAGCCCUGGAUCUCGCCUCUCAGGCUGCUCUAA